AUGGAGAACAUCUGUCAAAUCUGUUUCCGUGGUUUCAAGAAGCGUGCAUACCUGGAGCAGCACCUGAGGUCCCACACCGGGGAGAAGCCGUUCCAGUGUCCCUACUGUUUUCAGUGCCCCCUGUGCCAAAGAUGUUUCUCCAAGAAGAAAUACUUGGACCAGCAUGAGCUGACACAUUCAGGCAUGAAACCGUUUGUGUGCCCUCGAUGUGGCAAAGCGUUCACUCGGUACCACUGUCAGUUUUGCCACAAGGGUUUCGCCAAGGCAAGCGGCCUGAAGGACCACGUGAGAAUCCACACGGGAGAGAGACCAUUCAAGUGUCACGUGUGUGACAAACGCUUCAACGUCAAGAGCAACCUAGUCAAGCAUGCUAUGACACACAUGGACUCUGAUUUAUUCAACAGCACGACUUAA